AUGCGCAUGCGUCACGGGUAUAAUAUAUAGAGUGGCCUUCUCUGUGACGAAUACAUUAGUGCAUUGGAAAGUCUAAAUGAGUGCGAAACAUCAAAAAAGAACAAAAUCUCGAAAAUGGGAAUCGAUAAUACCACAAGAGUUAAAUCGUCGGAAAUGUUUGCUUCGCAUUUCCUUAACGAGUCCGCAAAGUCGGACAAGUAUGCCAGCGUUAUUGAGCAUCAGAAAGCAUACACCGUACUGUACGGAAACCUGAACAAACUUCCAGCCCGUGUGCGGUAUUUUGUUGAGGAAAAUGCUAAAGUCUGUCAGCCGGAUACGAUUCAUAUAUGUGACGGCACGGACCGGGAGAAAGACCUUCUUUACUAUAUACUGCAACGAGAUGGGACCAUCAAGCCACUGCCAAAAUAUGAAAACUGUUGGUUGACUUCUACGGACCCAGCAGACGUUGCCCGAGUUGAGAGUCGAACAUUUAUAUCGACACAAGAGGAACAUGACACCGUACCGAGAUCCAAACCAGGGAUCAAGUGCACCCUUGGCAACUGGAUGUCUCCCACAGACUUGCAGUCCGCUCUUGACACCAGAUUUCCUGGCUGUAUGAAAGGUCGCACAAUGUACGUAAUACCAUUUAGCAUGGGCCCAGUUGGUUCCAAACUUUCCAAAAUUGGUGUCCAGCUCACAGAUUCAGCCUAUGUUGUUGUCAGUAUGCGUGUAAUGACCCGGAUUGGUUCCCGCGUGCUAGAUGCACUGAAAGACGGCGAGUUCAUAAAAUGCCUUCAUUCUGUGGGCAAACCUAUAACGCCAGGGAUCAGUGCCGGAAAUGCUAUGACAUCAUGGCCAUGUAAUCCAAGGGACACAAUCGUCGCUCAUCUUCCGGAACGAAACGAGAUCUGUUCGUAUGGAAGCGGUUAUGGUGGAAACUCGUUGCUAGGCAAGAAGUGCUUUGCACUUCGACUGGGUUCUAUUUUAGCUAGAAGGGAAGGAUGGUUUGCCGAACAUAUGUUGAUAAUGGGGGUUGAAAAUCCGAAAGGUCAGAAGAAAUACUUUGCGGCAGCUUUUCCUAGCGCUUGCGGAAAAACAAACCUGGCGAUGAUGGAACCAACGUUGCCGGGAUACAAGGUCACGUGUGUAGGGGACGAUAUCGCGUGGAUGAGAUUUGAUGAACAUGGUCAGUUGCGUGCUAUAAAUCCGGAGGCUGGUUUCUUCGGUGUCGCUCCAGGAACGUCAAUGAAAACCAAUCCUAAUGCGAUGCGAUCUGUACUAAAGAACAGUAUAUUUACCAACGUAGCGUCUACAAAUGAUGGCGGUGUAUUCUGGGAAGGAAUGGAAUCGGAAGUACCGGAUAAUGCCUCGAUCACGUCCUGGACGGGUACGGAAAAUUGGACCAAAGAUACCGGCAAAACGGCUGCACAUCCAAACUCUAGAUUCUGUACCCCGGCAGAUCAGUGUCCAAUCAUUGAUGAGAACUGGGAGAAUCCAGAAGGAGUACCCAUCGAGGGUAUUAUAUUUGGUGGAAGGCGACCGGAAGGUGUCCCUUUGGUAUAUGAGGCGUUCGAUUGGCAACAUGGCGUAUUUGUCGGCGCUUCUUUAAAAUCUGAGACCACAGCUGCCGCUGAGUACAAAGGUAAAGCCAUCAUGCACGAUCCGUUUGCUAUGCGACCAUUUUUUGGAUACAAUUUUGGUCAUUAUCUGGAUCAUUGGCUCAGUUUCCAGAACAAACCGGAAGUUCACCUACCAAAGAUCUUCCAUGUCAACUGGUUCCGAAAAGGUCCAGAUGGAUUUCUGUGGCCAGGAUUCGGCGAAAAUUCGCGAGUAUUGGACUGGAUGUUUCGUCGUAUAGACGGGGAAGACUGUGCUAUGACGUCAGCCGUUGGCCUAAUUCCAAAGCCAGGAUCCAUCAACAUGUCCGGGCUAGAACAGGAAGUGGACGAAGACGCUUUAUUUGAUCUUUCUAAGGAAUUCUGGGAAGCGGAAGUGAAAGAACUUGGGAAAUAUUUUGAUGAGCAAGUCGGUGAAGAUUUGCCGUCAAGUAUACGACAAGAAUUGUGUAACCUUGGAGAGAGAGUUAACAGUGACUUGUAAUAUGAUUGUUUUUGAUGUUAUAUAUAUAUAACAUGAAUCUCAUAAUCUUUGUAACAUACAAAUAGUAAAACAGAUGGCCCUGUUCCAAAUCAAUGCACAUGGAAAGAAAGUGAGGUAUUCCGAACAAACACAUUCCUCAUUAAAAUGACUCAGCGAUUUUAAUCUUUUUCUUUCAGUUCUUGAAUAUUAAACUCUUUUUUUUUCUUUUUUUGACCUUCCCACCGAUUUAUUUUUGUCUUAGUUGAUCUGAAUACAUGAACGAUUUUUUUUUCAAAAUUAAUUCUUGUUUAAGUUUUAUUUUCGCAAGAAAGGUCAUUUGUUUUGCCAUCAUAUCAAAACAUCAUGAAAUAAAAAAUACAUUUGAUAGUUUAUAUAAAGGACUGCUGAAGAAAAAAGAACCUACUUGAUAAGUCAGUUUUAUGUUUAUUACAUUGACUUGUGUUUUAUUUCAAACAAAAUGUUCUUUCAUUGCAUACUGUAAUUGUGACAAUGUUUAAAAUUACAAAAUAAUGUGUU